AGCGGCCAGGCCGGCGGGCGGGCGGGCGGCUGCGAGCAUGGUCCUGGUGCUGCACCACAUCCUCAUCGCUGUUGUCCAAUUCCUCAGGCGGGGCCAGCAGGUCUUCCUCAAGCCGGACGAACCGCCGCCGCCGCAGCCAUGCGCCGACAGCCUGCAGGAUGCUUUGCUGAGCCUGGGCUCCGUCAUCGACAUUGCAGGCUUGCAAUGGGCUGUCAAAGAGGCCCUGUCAGCUGUGCUGCCCAGAGUGGAGACUGUCUACACCUACCUGCUGGAUGGGGAAUCCCGGCUGGUGUGUGAGGAGCCCCCCCAUGAGCUGCCCCAGGAGGGGAAAGUACGAGAGGCUGUGAUCUCCCGGAAGCGGCUGGGCUGCAAUGGACUGGGCCCCUCGGACAUGCCUGGGAAGCCCUUGGCCAGGCUGGUGGCUCCACUGGCUCCUGACACCCAAGUGCUGGUCAUACCGCUGGUGGACAAGGAGGCCGGGGCUGUGGCAGCAGUCAUCUUGGUGCACUGUGGUCAUCUGAGUGACAGUGAGGAGUGGAGCCUGCAAGCCGUGGAGAAGCAUACCCUGGUGGCCCUGAAGAGGGUCCAGGCCCUGCAGCAGCGCGGGCCCAGCGCGGCCCCGGAAGCGGUCCAGAAUACUCCAGAGGGGGCGGCGGGAGACCAGAAGGUUGGGGUUCCGUACACAGACCAAGACCGAAAGAUCCUGCAGCUUUGCGGGGAACUCUACGACCUGGAUGCCUCUUCCUUGCAGCUCAAAGUCCUCCAAUACCUGCAGCAGGCGACCCAGGCGUCCCGCUGCUGCCUCCUGCUGGUAUCUGAGGACAGUCUCCAGCUUUCCUGUAAGGUGAUUGGAGAUAAAGUGCUGGAGGAAGAAAUCAGCUUUCCGUUGACGAUGGGACGACUGGGCCAGGUGGUGGAAGACAAGAAGUCUAUCCAGCUGAAAGAUCUCACCUCUGAAGAUGUGCAACAGCUGCAAAGCAUGUUGGGCUUCGAGGUGCAGGCCAUGCUCUGUAUCCCUGUCAUCAGCCGGGCCACUGACCAGGUGGUGGCCUUGGCCUGCACCUUCAACAAGCUCGGAGGAGACUUAUUCACAGACCAGGAUGAGCGUGUGAUCCAGCACUGCUUUCACUACACCAGCACGGUCCUCACCAGCACCCUGGCCUUCCAGAAGGAGCAGAAGCUCAAGUGUGAGUGCCAGGCUCUUCUCCAAGUGGCAAAGAACCUCUUCACUCACCUGGAUGACGUCUCUGUGCUGCUCCAGGAGAUCAUCACAGAGGCCAGAAACCUCAGCAAUGCUGAGAUAUGCUCUGUGUUCCUGCUGGAUCAGAACGAGCUGGUGGCCAAGGUGUUCGAUGGGGGCGUGGUGGAUGAUGAGAGCUAUGAGAUCCGCAUCCCGGCCGACCAGGGCAUCGCGGGCCACGUGGCGACCACGGGCCAGAUUCUGAACAUCCCGGACGCGUAUGCACACCCACUUUUCUACCGCGGUGUGGACGACAGCACCGGCUUCCGGACGCGCAACAUUCUCUGCUUUCCCAUCAAGAACGAGAACAAGGAGGUCAUCGGUGUGGCCGAGCUGGUAAAUAAGAUCAACGGACCAUGGUUCAGCAAGUUUGACGAGGAUCUGGCGACAGCCUUCUCCAUCUACUGUGGCAUCAGCAUCGCACAUUCCCUCCUAUACAAGAAAGUGAAUGAGGCCCAGUAUCGCAGCCACCUGGCCAACGAGAUGAUGAUGUACCACAUGAAGGUCUCUGAUGAUGAAUACACCAAACUUCUCCAUGAUGGGAUCCAGCCUGUGGCUGCCAUUGACUCCAAUUUUGCCUGUUUCACCUACACUCCUCGCUCUCUGCCCGAGGAUGACACCUCCAUGGCCAUCCUCAGCAUGCUGCAGGACAUGAAUUUCAUCAAUAACUACAAAAUUGACUGCCCGACGCUGGCCCGGUUCUGUUUGAUGGUGAAGAAGGGCUACCGGGAUCCACCCUACCACAACUGGAUGCACGCCUUUUCUGUCUCCCACUUCUGCUACCUGCUCUACAAGAACCUGGAGCUCGCCAACUACCUCGAGGACAUGGAGAUCUUUGCCUUGUUUAUUUCCUGCAUGUGUCACGACCUGGACCACAGAGGCACAAACAACUCCUUCCAGGUGGCCUCGAAAUCUGUGCUGGCCGCGCUCUACAGCUCAGAAGGUUCUGUCAUGGAGAGGCACCACUUCGCUCAGGCCAUCGCUAUCCUCAACACCCACGGUUGCAACAUCUUUGACCACUUCUCCCGGAAGGACUAUCAGCGCAUGCUGGACCUGAUGCGGGACAUCAUCUUGGCCACAGACCUGGCCCACCACCUCCGCAUCUUCAAGGAUCUCCAAAAGAUGGCCGAAGUGGGCUAUGACCGAACCAACAAGCAGCAUCACAGCCUCCUUCUCUGCCUCCUUAUGACCUCCUGUGACCUCUCUGACCAGACCAAGGGCUGGAAGACAACGAGGAAGAUUGCAGAGCUGAUCUACAAAGAGUUCUUUUCCCAAGGAGACUUGGAGAAGGCCAUGGGCAACAGGCCGAUGGAGAUGAUGGACCGUGAGAAGGCCUACAUCCCCGAGCUGCAGAUCAGCUUCAUGGAGCACAUCGCAAUGCCCAUCUACAAGCUGCUGCAGGACCUGUUCCCCAAAGCAGCAGAGCUGUAUGAACGUGUGGCCUCUAAUCGCGAGCACUGGACCAAAGUGUCGCACAAGUUCACCAUCCGCGGCCUCCCAAGCAACAACUCGCUGGACUUCCUGGACGAGGAGUACGAGCAGUUUUCUCAUGACACUCUUCUAAGUUGCUGGAUGGGUUUACCUGGAUCCUCUUGGCGGCUGGCAGAUGUACCACCAAGGGAAGAAGCUAGGCAGUAGAGUGCGGUGGUGAAGGAUGUGGUGUCUGCCAUCAGGCAGACCUGGAUCAAGUCUCUGCUCUGCCAGUUCCCUGCUGUGAGACUGUGUGUGAGGCACUUACCUUCCCUGAGUCUCAAUUUCCUCGUCUAUACAAUGGGAAGAAUGGUAAAUCUUCUUGAGGCUGUUGUGAGGAUUAAAUGAGAAAAGGCAGGAGAGCCUUUGGCCACUGUAAAAGCUGCCAGCUGUGGAAUUGCAGGGCUCUAUCAGGGUGCAUUUCUGGGAAUGAGGAGCAUUACUUCAUUUUUGGCAAAAGCUGAGGGGUCAGGGGAGUGGUCCCAGGAAGAAAGCUUCAGUCUCAGAUACAGAAAGGGCAGGUUCAAGAGUUUGAAAGAGGUAACUGUGGCAUUCUGGGUUAGUGUAUUGAAUUGUGUCCCCCAAAAGAUAUAUUAAAGGCCCUGGACUUCCCUGGUGGUCCAGUGGUAAAGAAUCUGCCUUCCAAUGCAGGGGACACAGGUUCAAUCCCUGAUCGGGGAACUAAGAUCCCACAUGCCGCAGAGCAACUAAGCCUGCGUGCUGCAAACCACAGAGACCACGCACUCCGGAGCCUGUGUGCCACAACUAGAGAGAAGCCCGGCUGCCGCAAAGAAAGCUCCCACGUGCCUCAACAGAGAUCCCGCGUGCCGCAACUAAGACCCAAUGCAGCCAAAGAAAGAAAGAAAAAUAAAUAAAUAAAUAUUUUUUAAAAAGAUAUAUUCAAGUCCCAUCCCAUCCCUCGGCACCUGUGAAUAUGACCUUAUUUGGAGAUAGGGUCUUUGCAGAUGUCGUUAAGUUGAGGUCCUUAUGAGAAGAAGGAAAUUUGGACAUAGAGACACACAGGAAAAUGGCCGCGUGAAAACAGAGGCAGAGAUUGGAGUGAUGCUGCCGUAGCCAAGCAGCGCCAAGGAUUGCCAGCAACCACAGAAGCUAGGAGAGGGUCAAGGAAGAUCCUCCCCUAGAGCCUUCGGAGAGAGCACGGUCCUGCCAACCCUGUGAUUUCAGACUUCUAUCCCCCAGAGCCCCAAGAGAAUACAUUUCUUUUGUUCCAAGCCUCCCAGUUUGCGGUAUUUUGUUACAGCAGCCCAAGGAAACAACACAGUGGGUGAGGCAGGGGGCAGGGUACUUCAGCUCACAGGGCACAGAUGGAUUGGAGGGAGGAGGGGACAUAACUGAUCAUCAUUUUCAAGCUUUGGUGUCUUGGGGCCAGCUGGCAGGACACCUAAUCACUGAAGACCAUCUGGGACAUACACACAAAAGCCUAGCCGUCUUGCCUCAAAAUGGGACAGCUCUGCAAUACAAUCCAUGAUUUAUGCUCCAGGACCUCCUUCCCCACCGGGCUGAGGCUAGGGUCCCCUUAGACCACAUCUGUCCUCAGUUCUUUCCCCUUUCCUGUCCUGCUUGCCUCACUCCCUUCCAGGUUGUUUCUGACAGACACUCCCAUCCCCAUCAACCAUGUGGCCACCAUCACUCAGAGUGGUCAGUACACACUUCCCCAGGCCCAGUCAUGUGCUGCCUGCUGGGGGGUGGUGUUGGUGCAGAAAAUUUAAGGCAGGUCCCUGCCCCGAGGGAGCUCACAGUAACCUGGGUGAAACAUUAAUUUAUUGAUUAAUCAACUAGUUAAUUAAUUAAACACACAUUUGUCGAAAACAUACUAUGUGCCGUCCCUGGCUGGGCAUUGGAAAGGCUGCAGAGAGAUCAACGAAACAGGCCAACAAGCUUGUAGAGGGAUAGACAAUCAAACUGGGAUAGGCUGGGGCCUGGGACCCUUUACUGCAGUGCUUGCACCUGGAUAAACGUCUCUUCAAGCAACAGAAUACAAAGAAAACAUAAAGACUAAAAGUAACUACACGCAUGCGCAGUUGAGGCAAUUAGAACCAACAGGCUACAAAAAGGCCACAAACCAACUGCCAGUUGGGAGGUACCAGGAGCAAAAGCUCGGGACUGCGCGUGAUCCCUGCACACAGCACCACCAAGGGGGUGGGCAGACCACCUAAGCCACCCCUCUGGCCUGACCCACUCAUCCGCCGCUACCCUCACCCCAUGUAAGGGACCAGCCCUCCCUCCUCGGGAGCGAGCAAGGGCACCUGUUACUUGUUUUCAUUCCCUUGUGCCUCAGCACGAGUCCCAGUAAAGCCUUGCUUGCAUUCCUCAUCUGGCUUCUUAUCAAUUUCUAUUGAUUAAAGAGUCCAAGGACCCGAGGAGGUAACAUAACAAACUCACAAGCAAAUGUAGAACUGUAACAAUGCCAGCUGGGCCAUUAAGGAAAAGUAGAUGUUGCCACAAGAGCCUUUGACAAGGGGAUUUGACCUGGUCAUGGUGGUCAGCGGAGUCUUAACAAAAGGAAGGGAGGCCGGGCUAAGACAUCAGGUGGUAAGAGUUAACUAGGCAAAGAGGGGAGGGAACAGCUUGUGUGGAGAGGCCCGGUGGCUGGAGGAAGCACAACAAGAAGAAGGGACUUCAGCA